AUGCCGUAUCUCGACCUUCCAGCUAAUUACACAACUUUCGGCACUGGGGGAUGGGUAGGGCUUAAUGGUGAUGAUGACCGCGCGGAUUUCGAUCGUUAUGAUAUGAGAGUUCAGGAGAGUAUUCCUGUGUUGAUGUCUGUAACAAAUGGCAAUGAUAGUAGUGAAAGCAAGCUGCUGUGCAUUGCUCCUGAUCAGGUUGUACCAGGCAGUCGAAAACCUGAGUCGAAACUGGCGGAUCAAGAUGUAUUCACUAUUGCAUCGUUAUACUUUUUGGGAACAUGCCUCGCCCAGACUUCCUCAUCACCAGAAGACUGCAGCCCCAGCGACUUUACAGGUAAAGUCGACAAACGCGCCAUCUUUUUCAACGCAUCGGGCACCCUGUCUAUUGAGUUCAAAGGAGCAAAAGAUCCAUGGUAUAUCAGCACUGCUGUGACCGACGAGCGCGACGAAACCCGCACGUUUGACGGCGCUCACUCCAGGCAGUGGAUCAAGGGCUUCAUAAGUGUUCCUCGAUACCUUGUUGCUGAAAAGUCCGUCGGGGUCUGUUCAUUUAUGUUCCAAGGACUCAACAGCAGCUCUGAGAACCCAGAUGAUGCGGACGAGUCUUGUAAAGGCGUCAUAAGCGACGCUUGUAUCAAGGAAUUUGAGAAUUCGACUCUCCCGAUACGCACUAGUGGAAAUUGCCCGAGCUCCAGGGCUUUUAUUCUCAGCGAUGAAUGCAGGAAGCACCUUACUUCAUACCAACUAGACUAUUGGACGUAUGGCGGUUCUGUCUCGACUGGGGAGACAGGCAGUGACGACUACGAUGACUUUGACUCUUAUGAUAUGAGAGUUCAGCAGACUAUUCCAAUUUUCACGGUGGUGUCGGGCGGUGGUAUCAGUGACAGGAAGCUGGUGUGUAUUACUCCUGAUAAGGUUGUUUCGGGCAGUCGAAAACCCGAGAUGAAACUGGAAGGAACUGAGGAAGAUGAAGAUGAAGAGAGUGAGAGUGAGGAAGGGGACGAGAACAUGGGGUCGCGAGUUGGAGGCUGGGGUGCUGUUUUCCUCAGUACUGUCGUCAUGAUCUUCACUCUCCUGUAG